AUGGCCGAGGCUCAAGUCCCUAAAGACGUGCCAAACAGCGCCGUGGCUGCGACCAUUGAUCUUCUCAAGCCCCAGGAAGCUCAGUCCAAGACGCUCAAGAUCGAAAACACCGACAAGCGAGAUACGUUGAUCGAGGCCGAAAAGCGCUAUCAGAAAGAGUGGGAAGCGCAGGGCGUGUUCCACCCAGACGCACCAUCGCUUGAGGAGGAGCCCUUCGAGACCUCGCCCGACCAGUUGCACGAGAAGUACCCAAAAUGGUUUGGUAACUUUGCCUACCCCUACAUGAACGGGACUCUCCACGCUGGCCAUGGAUUCACCGCAUCGAAAGUCGAGUUCACUGCUGGGUUUCAGAGGAUGAUCGGGAAGCGGGCCCUGUUUCCUCUGGGGUACCACGUGACGGGCAUGCCCAUCAAAGCAUGUGCAGACAAGCUUGUACGAGAAGUUGAGCAAUUUGGCAAGACGUUUGAGCGAUGCCCUGUAGAGGACGUCAUCGACGGCACUGUGUCAGAGCCACCAGCGCCCACUCAGGCUGAGACAAAGACCGACAUGUCCAAGUUCAAGGCGACAAAGGGCAAGGCAGCUGCCAAGACCGUCAAGACCAAGUACCAGUUCCAGAUUAUGCUAGCGCAGGGCAUUCCGGUCGAGGAGAUCCACAAGUUCGCUGACCCAUACCACUGGAUCGAGUACUUCCCCCCACUAGCAAAGCGGGAUCUCACCAACUUCGGCGCUCGGAUAGACUGGCGACGACAGUUUGUCACGACUGACGCCAACCCUUACUACGACUCUUUUGUUGCAUGGCAAAUGCGCAAGCUCCUCGACCUAAAGAAGAUUAUCUUCGCAAAGCGAUACACCAUCUACAGCCCCAAAGAUGGUCAGGCUUGCAUGGACCACGACAGGCAGUCUGGUGAAGGUGUCGGUGUUCAAGAGUACACUGCCCUGAAGAUGAAGGUUGUGCAAUGGUCGGAUUCGGCGAAGAAGAUUCUGGAGGGGAAGCUCCCUGAAGGCGCGAACGCCUACUUCAUCCCAGCUACGCUGCGUCCUGAGACUAUGUAUGGGCAGACCUCAUGUUUUGUGGGCCCGACCAUCGAGUAUGGCAUCUUCAAGUCCUCGGAAUCAGAAUACUUCGUCUGCAGCCAGCGUGCGGCACGCAAUAUGAGCUACCAGCCUGGCACAUCGUUUGACUGGGGCGAGUUCCCGCAGGUCGCCAGCUUUGCAGGCAAAGAUGUCGUCGGUACGAUCGUCAACGCUCCUCUCUCCGUCCACAAAGACGUCUACAUCCUCCCCAUGGAGACAGUAAAGGACACCAAGGGUACCGCAGUCGUCACUUGCGUCCCCUCCGACUCGCCAGAUGACUAUAUUACGUCGUUUGAUCUGGAUAAGAAAGCCGAAUAUUACGGUAUCCAGAAAGAGUGGGUCAAAUUCGACAACAUUCUGCCUAUCAUCGAUACUCCCACCUAUGGCAACCUCACCGCGAAGAAACUGGUUGAAGAACUCAAGAUUCAGUCGCCAAAGGACUCGGCUAAGCUCGCGGAGGCAAAGGAGAAGGCGUACAAGGAGGGCUUCUACAAGGGAAAGAUAAUCUACGGUGACUUUAGUGGAAAGUCUGUCGAGGAGGCCAAGACUCUCGUCCGAAAGCAGUUGAUCGACGCUGGUCACGCUUUUGCUUAUGCUGAGCCUGACGGCAAAGUCAUGAGCCGCAGUGGCGAUGAUUGUGUUGCAGCUCUGCUCGACCAAUGGUAUAUGAACUACGGCACCGCAGACAAGGGUGGAGAUGAUGAGUGGGCUCAACAAGUCCGGGCUCACAUCGAAGGUGACCUUAACCUUUACUACCCUGAGGCCAAGAACCAGUUCUUGCAGGUCAUAAACUGGCUCGGUAACUGGGCUUGCGCCCGCUCUUACGGUCUCGGAACGAAGGUACCAUGGGACCCGUCCGUCAUGGUGGAGAGUCUGUCGGAUUCCACCAUCUAUCAGGCGUAUUACUCGUUCGCACACUUGUUGCACAAGGAUCUGUUCGGAAAGGAGGUUGGGCCUCUUGGAAUUCAGCACGGACAGUUGACUGAUGAUGUUUGGGACUACGCUCUAGGCCGUCGCGAUCGUACUGAUCUGCCUCAAUCAGAUAUUCCUCAGAAGGCUCUGGAGACAAUGAGGCGACACUUCGACUACUGGUACCCGCUCGACAUGCGAACCAGUGGCAAGGAUCUCAUCCAGAACCAUCUGACUUUCAACCUCUACGUUCAUACCGCCAUGUUCCCGAAAGAGAACUGGCCACGUAGUUUCCGUGUAAACGGACAUCUCCUCCUCAACGGUGAGAAGAUGAGCAAGUCUACUGGUAACUUCCUGACAAUCAACGGCGCUGUGGAGAAGUUUGGUGCGGACGCCACACGUAUUGCCCUUGCCGACGCAGGAGACGACAUGAACGAUGCCAACUUCGAAGAGACUGUCGCGAACGCCAGUAUUUUGAAGCUAUACGAGCUCCGCAAGGUGUGCGAGGAGUUGAUUCGCGACAAGGUCAUCAUUUCAGAUGUGACAAAGUACGCAGAGACCAAGGCUAGCGAGCGGAUCAGGAAUGCAGAUGUCAUCCAGCGCCAGAGUGGAAGCGAGCGUUUCCUGUUCGACGACAUGUUUGACAACGAGAUGAACAGCCUGGUUGCGGAGACAUACCAGCACUACUCUGCAACAAUGUACAAGGCUGCUCUGAAGUCAGGCUUCCACGACUUCACCUCUGCGCGAGACUUCUACCGUGAGGCCACAAAGGCUGCCGGACUCGGUAUGCACGAGGAUCUCGUCAAGAAGUUCACCGAGCUGCAGGCGCUCAUGCUGGCUCCCAUUGCGCCGCAUUGGUCAGAAUACAUCUGGCUCGAGGUUCUCGGAAAGCCCGAGACCAUCCAAAAGGCGCAGUGGCCGAAGAUCCCAGAGCCCAACGCGUCACUCACAGCAGCGCGCGAGUUUGUCCGCCAGACGCAAUCGAACAUCACAUCUGCAGAAGGCGCGGCAAUCAAGAGGAUGUCCAAGGGCAAGGCUGCAAACUUCGACCCGAAGAAGGAGAAGAAAAUCACUAUCUUCGUGGCGCAGGAGUGGCCCGCCUGGCAAACAAAGUACAUCGACAUGAUCUGCACCUCAUACCCCAACCUCGACAUCAAGGCGCUCAGCAAGCAAAUCGACAAAUCAGAAUCGAAGAAAGCCAUGCCCUUUAUCAACGGCCUCAAGCGCCGUCUCGACAACGGCGAGGCUCAGGACGUCGUGCUCAACCGUGAACUCGCCUUCGACGAGCUCGCCACGCUGCGGGCCAUGAUUCCGGGACUGAAGGCCGUGGUGCAAAAGUGCGUUGACGUGGAGAUUGUAUCUGUUGCGGAGGGCGGAAAGGAGGGCACUAUGAUUAGUGAGGACGGGAGUAAGGGGGCUGUGAAGACGGAGUUGCCGCCCAGCGCGGCGAGUGCGGAGCCAGGGUUGCCGAGCUUUGCGUUUGAGAAUGUGGAGGGCUUGGCUGUGCGGUAG